AUGAAGGAUAUUGAUAUAGCGUAUGAAUCUGUCCUCUUCAAUGGCUCUUUCACGAAAGCAUCGAUUUACCGACAACCACCAGGGCCACUGGUCGAUGAAGCAUGGCUCGCUCUCGGCACGCGUUUCGCGUCAGUGCUUGUUCCGGAGGAUGAAGCAGAAAAUUACGGAAUUAAACAAGGGCAGGUGAAACGAAUGAAAGAGCAAGGUGGAGGCUUUUUCGCGCAUAUUGAGGUUUUUCAUCAUCUCCAUUGUGUGAAUUUGCUCCGUCAAACCUCACAUUUCAAUUUCGAAUAUUAUUCGAAGAUGGGGGGAGGGCCCUUUUUGGAUCCAGAGGAGAGGCUUAAAACACAUAUCGGUGCGUCAUGCCCAAUGAUCCCCAGAAAGAACAUGCCCAUUAACUGGUAA